GGUAAUCGCGAUGCAAUAUGUUUUUUAGGGUUUGUUUUUCGAUUCAUUUCCCAUUUUUUCCUCUGCGCCUUUUAAUCUUUUUAUGAAUAGUUGGGUUUGAUCUCUCCGAUUCGGUGUUUUCCUCCCGAUGUCGAAAGUUCUGAGGGCUUUAUGGUCGUAGGUUGAUAAAGAUCUCCCAUCUUUUUGUUUUGUGGGAUUCCUUUUUUGAGGUUCGGGAAGGAUUUUCAAGAAUAUAAUGAUUUUAGGGUUUUUUCUUUCUCUUUUUCGGGGUUCUGGGAUUCCAUAGUGGUAGAUCGAGAUAGAUCUGAUCUUUUAUAGUUACCUACUCGGUUUGUUAGAUUAAGGUUUUGGAAAGGGUUUCCAAGAAAUUAACGGGGGCUCCUCUAUCCACUUAUUGGAGAAUUUGGGAAUUCCUUCGCUGCAGGUCGAAAAGGGUUGGAUCUUUCUUGUCAUCUGAUCCGUUUAUUUCUAAUCCUAAGAGUUUGUCGAGGGCUUCUAAGAAAUCUAGAGGGCUAGGCUUGUUCACUCAUAAAAAUCCCGUUUUGUUGCUUCUGGCGAGGAUUUGUUGGGUUUGGGUUUGGGGUUAUUGGGUAUCUUUUGGUUGAUAGGAUUUCGUGUGGUGGGAUUUAUGGAAUGGAUCUGUGAGUGUUUUCUAUGGGAUGCGUUCAUUGAAUGCGGUGGAAUUCGAAACCCACCAGACAGAUAGCAUAUAGGAAGGAGGAGGAGGAGGCUAUUAGAGAGCACGAAGAGAUAACAGAGAAAGAGCCAUGGGGGAAGACCUCCUUACCACUUUGUCCAUGGAGAACCACCACCCAUCCACUCUCCUUUCCAUGGACCCAACCGGCGGCCCGGCCUUGUUUUCCUCCCAUGAGGACUUGACCGACCGCGAGCUUAUGAUCCAGCGCCCGCAGAUGGUCCUCUCCGGCCCGCCCGACAUCAACCUCCCUCUCUCCGCCGAGCGCUCUCCUCCCCAGCAAUCUUGGAACCUCGACCCCUGCGACAUCUUGGACGUCAGCCUCGGUCCUCAGGUCUUUGAUACCGAGGCUGUCCUGCACCUCCCCAAGGUCAGCACCGCCCGCAAGUGUGCCAAGAGAGGCGACAGCAUCUGGGGCGCAUGGUUCUUCUUCAACUUCUAUUUCAAGCCGGCGCUUUCUGAGAAAUCCAAAGCCAAGAUUACAAGGGACGGGAAUGGUUUCUUGGGCUUUGAUAAGUCUGACCUUCGGCUUGAUGUGUUCCUGGUCCAGCAUGACAUGGAGAACAUGUACAUGUGGGUCUUCAAGGAGAGGCCGGAGAAUGCGCUAGGCAAGAUGCAGCUGAGGAGCUACAUGAAUGGACACUCCCGCCUUGGUGAACCCCAAUUCCCAUUCGGUGUCGACAAGGGCUUUGUCCGGUCCCAUCGGAUGCAGCGCAAGCAGUACCGCGGGCUGUCGAACCCUCAGUGCGUGCAUGGUAUUGAGGUGGUGAGGUCACCCAACUUGGCAGUGGUCGCCGAGGAGGACCGCAAGAAGUGGAUGGAGCUCACCAGUAGGGAGCUUAAUUUCUCUAUCCCGCCAGAAGCCAGUGAUUUUGAGUCAUGGAGGAAUCUUCCCAACACUGAAUUUGAGCUCGAAAGGCCUCCUCCUCCUUGGAAGAACACUUUGCAUCCCCACCCGAAGAAAUUGCUUAAUGGAUCAGGUUUGAACUUGUCAUCCCAGUUGAAUCAUUCCAAUGGUGAUGGGAUGGACCUUUCUCCCGAAUGCAGCAAACGCAGGAAGGAUUUCUUCCCCCAUAGGAUGGAUGAGGAUUGCAGUUUGCCUACGAAUUCUUUUUCAGAGAAAGCCCAAGACAUGGACAUGCAUCCGGUUGAGCCAUCAUGGUUGAAUGAGUUUAGUGGUGUGAUGAGGCAUGCCUAUGGGCCGGUGACUGCUGCGAAGACAAUUUACGAGGAUGAACAAGGUUACUUGAUAAUGGUUAGCUUGCCCUUUGUUGAUCAACAGAGUGUGAAGGUUUCUUGGAGGAAUAGUCUUACUCAUGGGAUAGUGAAGAUACUUUGUGUCAGUACUGCCCGAAUGCCAUAUAUAAAGAGGCACGAUAGAACAUUCAAGCUGACUGACCCAUCUCUCGAGCAUUGCCCACCAGGGGAAUUCAUAAGAGAGAUACCGCUUGCCACCCGAAUCCCUGAAGAUGCUAAGUUGGAAGCCUACUAUGAUGAGACUGGUGCUGUACUAGAAAUAAUGGUUCCUAAACACCGUGUUGGGCCAGAAGAACAUGAAGUGCGUGUGUGCAUGCGCCCUCCUCACCUUGGUGCCAAUAAUCUUAUGUUGACCUGAAUAAGUGGGAAUAGUAUGUAAUGAGUGGUUCCUUUGGCCAGUUUCCAUUGUUUCCUAACUCUGUAGCAUAAAAAGGAUAUCUGUGCUAUGGAAGCGCAUCCUUACCAUAUUUAACUCUCUUUCAUGUUUGGUUGGAUAUUUCUUUAGAGCUGCAUGCUUGAAGGUCCUAACUAAAUGUUGAGGUUUGAGAACAUACCUUGUAAUUCAUGUUGAAAUACUUUUGAGAAUA